AUGAAUCCUUCCCCCUCAACUCCUCCUAGACGGAUCAAAUGGACUAAAGCAGAUUUCUCUCCGGACGAAUGGAGUCGUGGAGUUGAUGUUAAGUGGGAUGUUGACAAUUCUUCUAUCCAUAAAGAACACGUUGCUCCAUAUCCAACAUCCACUAAUCUUUUUCGCAAUGUCCAGAAAGCGUUAAGGGUUUCGAACCCAAGGUUAUUUAUUAGAUCGUUUGUAGGAUAUGGCGACCUCAACACUAGGUUUACUGAGGCACAAAUAGAAGUCCUCGAAAAAUCUGGUAUUAAGUUGAUUUUAGGCAUUCACGCCCCAAUCCAACCAGCCCCAAACCAACAUGUCUAUAACCCUCAACCUCUACCUGGAUUGUGCCCAAUCCAACCCGCCCUUAACGCUCAGGCCCUGCCCUUUAUCCCUCAUGCCCUGCGCCUAAUCCAACAGGUCUAUAACCCGGUCAAAAACCAUGCGGCUCAAAACGCGCAGUCCAAUUCAGGUAGAAAAGUCAAAACAAAUUUAGGAGAUAUCCUAAUUAUUCACGAUUUGUUGAUUGAAGCAUUCGAUAAUGGAUCCACAAAUAUCGUACUGAUCUCGUCAGAUGUUGACUUUGCAAUUCCGUUGAGUUUCUUAAAGGACAGAAAAUUUAAUGUCUUACUUGCUAAAAGGCGAGUAACCAAGCCGGAGCUUGACAAUUUUGUUAGUGAUUAUUAUUUCUGGAAGGAGAUGCAGAGUGGAGUUUGGAUGAAGUGA